AUGGGCAACGUCACCUCAAAAGCGAAGUUCUUACUCGCAGCUAGUCUGCGCCUACGCGAAGCAUAUAAUGAGCUCUCUCAACGACUGCAAGCCCCCCCUGGGAUCCCUGUACCUAACCCGAACCUACCUUUCUGGACUGUGCCUCCCUCCCUGAUAUCCUCUGAAGGGGCGCCUCUGCCAGAACACGCUGACAUUGUAGUCAUUGGUUCUGGUAUCACAGGCACGUCAGUGGUGUACAAUCUCCUCGAGCGCAGUUAUGGUGUGAAGGUGGUGAUGCUCGAAGCUCGGGACGUCUGCUCUGGAGCAACAGCAAGGAACGGAGGGCAUGCGAAUCCACCGCUGUAUCAUGAUUACUCCGAGUUGAAGGAGAAGUACGGGGAAUCUACCGCUAAGAUGAUGGUUAAGUUCCGCUUGUCACACCUGCAAGAGAUGAAACAUAUCGCAGAAAGCGAAGACCUUCUGAAAGAAUCGCAAGUGCGAGAUACCGUGCAUGUUGACGUUUUUACAUGCCCCAAAACCUUCGCUGAGGCUAAAGAAACCCUCAUGAAAUGGAAGGCGGACAUGCCCGACGAAUCAAGUACCUUUGGGUACUGCGAGAGAGAAGAUGCCAUCACGAGAUUCUCCCUGUCGGAGAGCACCGUUGGGUGCAUCUUCGGGUCUGGAGGUGCAUUGCACCCCUAUCGCUUGGUAACAUCCAUUCUGACAAAGCUACUCGACCGGCACUCGGAUACAUUUCAUAUCGCUACUCAGACGCCAUGUACCGCCAUUACAGGGCCAACUACAUCCUCCCCUUACUACAGCGCAAUCACGCCACGUGGCACCGUCACCGCCGCGCACAUCAUUCAUGCCACCAACGGUUGGUCCUCACACCUGCUCGAGCCCAUGCGCACUAAGAUCGUACCUGUCCGGGGGACCAUGUCUGCCCAGCGUCCGGGGACCUCGUUGAGCGCCUCGACGAGUGACGGCUGCCGCUCAUUCGUGUUCUACCGCGGAACGUCCGGCUACGACUACCUCACGCAGCUGCCUGCGGGCGAGCACGAGCUCAUGUUCGGCGGCGGCUGGGCACAGUCGUGCGACAACAACCUGCCCGACAUUGGCAUCACGGACGACAGCACGUUCAGCUUCGCGAGUGCGAGCCAUCUCGCGGGCGCACUCCCGCUCUACUUUGGCGCGAACCACUGGGGCGGCGAGGCGGUGCCUGCGGGCGAGCAGGACGCACAUUGGGGGACGGGCCGGACGAAGGCGCAGUGGAGCGGCAUCCUGGGCAUCUCCACGGAUAACCUGCCGUGGGUGGGACGUCUUCCUGCUAUAGUCGCAGGCCGGGUCCCUCCCCCUGCCGUGCCCUCGGCUGUAUCGGAGAAAGGAGCCGGUGGGCUGGCACCGUCAGGCGAAUGGAUCGCUGCGGGAUACUCGGGUGAAGGCAUGGUGCAUGCCUGGAUGAGCGGCAAGGCAGUCGCGUAUAUGCUGCUAGGCCGGGAGAACGAGUUGACAGAUUGGUUCCCGGACAUUCUGCGGGUGACGGAGAAACGGUGGAAGAAGGCGACCGUCGACGAUCUCUUGGCACGCUUCUUGUAG